GGCGGCAAAAAGCGUCCGGCCGGAAACGCGGCUCGGGGCGGGGCCGCGGCCACGCCCCCUCUCCCCCAGCGCCGCGGAACCUCGGUGCGCGGCGUGAGGAGGCGGCCGGGCGCGGUGGCGCGGCGGCACGAUGAGCACCAAGCAGGUGACGUGCAGGUACUACCUGCAGGGCGUGUGUCGGGAGGGGAGCAAGUGCCUGUUCUCCCAUGAUCUGGCCACCAGCAAAUCCUCCACCGUCUGCAAGUACUACCAGAAGGGGCAGUGUGCCUACGGCUCCCGCUGCAGGUACGACCACGUGAGGCUCCCUCCGGCGGGCACGGCCGCGGUGCCGCCGCCCGCGGCCCCGGGCAGCCCCCGGGCGCCCCCCGGGCACGGCGCCGCCGCCCGCAGCCGCAGGGAGAAGAGGACGCUGGUGCUGCGGGACAGGAAUCUGUGCGGCUCCGGCGAGGAGCAGCAGCGGCCCCCGGGCCCCGCGGCCGGCGAGAGCUGCGGGGAGCCCGGGGACGGCGCCGAGGCCAAGCCCCACUCGUACCUGGAGGCGAUCUGCAGCGGCCUGGAGGAGCCGGGCGGCGCCGGCGGCUGCCCGGGCGGGGCCUGCCCCGGCGCCGCGGAGCAGCUGUGCCCCUUCGCCGCCGCCGGCGCCUGCCACUUCGGGGAGCGCUGCCUCUACCUGCACGGGGAGCUGUGCGAGAUCUGCGGGCUGCAGGUGCUGCACCCCUUCGACCAGGAGCAGAGGAAGGCCCACGAGAUGAUGUGCAUGGCAACGUUUGAGCACGACAUGGAGAGGGCCUUUGCCAUCCAGGCCAGCCAGGACAAGGUGUGCAGCAUCUGCAUGGAGGUGGUGUACGAGAAGCCCUCGGCCUCGGAGAGGAGGUUUGGGAUCCUGUCCAACUGCACCCACACCUACUGCCUGUCCUGCAUCCGCCAGUGGAGGUGUGCCAAGCAGUUCGAGAACCCCAUCAUCAAGUCCUGCCCCGAGUGCCGGGUGAUCUCCGAGUUUGUCAUCCCCAGCGUGUACUGGGUGGAGGAGCAGGAGAAGAAGAAUGAGCUGAUUGAAGCCUUUAAGCAGGGAGUGGGGAAGAAGCCCUGCAAGUACUUUGAGCAGGGGAAGGGGACGUGUCCCUUUGGAGGGAAGUGUCUGUACCUGCACGCCUACCCCGACGGGACGCGCGCCGAGCCCGAGAAGCCGCGCAAGCAGCUCAGCUCCGAGGGCACAGUGCGGUUCUUCAACUCCGUGCGCCUGUGGGACUUUAUCGAGGACAGGGAGAGCCGGAGCGCGCCCGGCGCCGACAGCGAGGUCACGGAGCUGGGGGAGCUCUUCAUGCACCUCUCGGGAGCCGAGGGGGAUCCCCCUGCUGCCCCCUGAGCUCCUCCCUGGCCGUGCUUUUACUCUCCAGCACACCCAGAACACAGCGUGCCCUGCUGGGUGGUUACUUGUGCAGUCCUGGUAACGUUUUCAGAUAGUUUUUAUAUGGCAACAACAAAAAAAGACUAAAAGACAUUAAAAAGAAAGAAUUGACUGCAUGGAAAAAAAA